GCGGAAGGGAAAGCAGCAGGAAGAGAACCUAAGCACCAGAGCAGAACCGGAAUCCGCGAUGGGAGUGGAGCCAAUCGUAGAGGAGAAGAAACACCCUUCAUCCAAGGUACGGGCAUACAUCAUGUUCGCUCCCACCUUGGGUUACAACUUGGGUAUUAUUCUCACAGUUCCGGAAUACCGUACGCCCAGACGCCCGGGCACAGGGCAGGAACCAGAGGGAAAACCGCCCGAUUACCCAUGUACGAGUAAAGGCGGUAUGGCCGUCGAUUCCUUACAGCACAGGAAGAUCACCCUGGGGGGUUUUUUCCGCCUGGUCAUAGUCAGGAAUCAUUGUCGUCGUUGUCGUUGUCAAAUCAAUUCAGAGAAAAAAAAUGUCAUAAGGGGAAGAUCAGAUUGAGAUCGGAGCUGGAAAUGUAUCCAUCAACCAGACCUACUUACUGUCAGACCACACUAAACCCUCAAAAGGGAAAGGGGACGGCAAACUAAGGAAAUGAACAGGGCAGAAUUGGAAAGGGGAUUUUUAGAAAGAGA